GUCUUGCGAGCAGACGGGAGCUUUUUGCCUGUGGUUGAAGAGACGGGCUCACGAUGCCGGGGGAGGUUUUCUUCCCCCUCUGCCGGUGGGGAGAGCGAGGAGCUCCCUGCCAGCCCAUCUGAAGACCCCGAGGAGAGCUUUUCCCGGCAGGAGCAGCACUGGGAGAACACCUGACGCUCUGCUGCCGAUCCUGGGCUCAGCAGCUCGUUCUGGAGGAGCCUUUUGCUGCCAUAAAAACGUCUCCUGGUUGCUUGCUCUCGCAGAUCCCUCCCUGGUGCCAGCCUGGGAAAGCUGUGCUGAAACUAAGCUAAAAACCUGAGUGCACCUGGAAGGAGCUGGCUGCCUGGACUGUCCCCCUGGCUGCACCCACGGGCUGUGCCCCAUUUCCCCUGUCAAGCCAGUGAAUUUGCAGAAGGGAAUGUUAGUUCAUCAGAAGCGAGUGCCGGGAUCCUCCUCCAGAGAGAUACCCAGAGAAAUACGUGGCUUUUUAACCUGAAAUCUGCUACCCAGGAGCUGUCCUGUAGCUCUGGUGGUGGUUUUAAGUGCCCCGUUUCUAAGGGGAAAACAGGCCAAGGCUGUUGCAUGCCUCGCAGAUGCAAACCAACAAAGGGCUUUUCAUACCUUCUUACGUCUCUUGAAGGCACCUGUGAAAGCUUUUCUAACUGCAGUCUGUGCAUUGUUGGUGACAAAGAGGUAACGGGCUGCAAGUGGGUCAGCUGUCCAGGAGCAGAAGCAAAAUGUGUGAAUGAGACAGAAAAGGGCAACUGCACAGUUGAAGAGGAGUGUUCUCCUGUUUCACCCAAUACUACCGUGUCACCUUCCAAUACUACAUCACCCUCCAAUUCUACAACAUCACCCUCCAGUACUACCACAGCAUCUCCCAAUGCUACCACAGCUCAUACUCCUGCAGCCAAUGUCACCAAUGCAACCACACAUACUCCUCUACCUACAACUGCCAUUACUUCAGCUGCCAGAACCACCAGUGUCCCAGGUACCAAUGCUACUGUGACUCCUGCACCUCUGCCACGCAAAUCUACAUUUGAUGCUGCAAGUUUCAUAGGUGGAAUUGUCCUUGUUCUGGGCCUGCAGGCUGUUGUUUUCUUCCUCUACAAAUUCUGCAAGUCGAAAGACCGAAACUAUCACACACUUUAGGACCUGCCCCUGGAAUGGACUAGUAGCCCAACACCUGUAGUUCACUGAACCAAAAUGUUUUCUGUUGCUCGUGGAAGACAGCAGUUCAUAAUAUCCUCUAAAUCCCCAAAAGAAGACUUUAAAAGAAUAUUUUUGCAACCUUAGACUUGGCAAGAAGUUAUAUGAAUCUCUUCAACAGGAUUACUUGCAAUAUGCUGCAUGGGUUCUAAUGGCUGUCUUUACUUUCUUUAGUGGCUGCUGCUGUGGGACUGCUUUGGUUUUUGAUCUGCCAAACGUAGAAGUUCAGAGAUUCUCACUCAGUGGCAACACUGUCUUGAGUAGACAAUCUCAUGAUGACUUGUUGGGAAGGCUGAUUUAAUCAACAUUUUACACAGUAUCCCUUCAGUUUUACCCAGAUGUGAAUCACUGGUGAAUAACUUCAGGGAGUGAAACACCAUUGACACCAGCUUGUGGCUCUUAGUGUGCUGUGAGAAAGAUCAACAACAUUGUAGAAGUAUAUCAUGUAUUAACAGAAUAACAUCACCCAUUAUUUUUUUUUCACACAAGAAGAAAGUUUGCCUGAUGAAAUACUGCAUCCCAGACAGGAAUCCUGUUCCCUUUCCAAUUAAUAUUGGAGAGGGGAUGCAGGGAAAACCCUUCUAAAGAGGAAAUGAAGAGUAGUGCCUUAAAAAUCAGUAGGCUGCAAAAGCAUCCCACCUAUCUCAAAGAUAAAUAAAACAGGAGUACUGGCUUUGUAUAGAAUGGAAUACAUGGGACUUGAGCAUUCCAGAUUAAAAACUUUUUACACUAAAUAACUGUCCCUUAUUUACCUCUUCUGAGGGCAAGGGAGCAAAGUUCAGCUCUAAACCAAAAGCUUUGUUUACUUUUGUGUUCUGGCCUACGAAGACCAACCAUAAAACUAGUGAUAAAAUUCAUUUCACUCCCUGUAUAAAAAGCCAACAGCUUAUUAUUGAUACUUGAAGCAGUGGUGUUUGGGAAGUCCAGAGGCUUUUCUGAUUCAAAUGGUUCUUAAACUUGUUGCAGCUAAUUUCAGGGGUUUAUUUUUUCUUUCCCCCCUUCCUGUUUGCCUUCUUGCUGCAGGAGCAAUCGAGGGUAGCUCAGAGGAUCUGCUGACCUGAUUCUAGUCAGGAUUCCUGUAGUCCUGGGGCUGCCAGGGCUACACCUUUUCUCUUUCCCCUCCUCACUUCUUGGCGUCAAGCUUGUGUUACCCUGCAGUGAACUGGUUAAGGAAAUCUGUUUGGCCAAAUAGUGGUGGUUUCAUUUGGUGUUCCCUUGGUUGGAUCAGCCACCUGAUCCCAGUGUCAAAGGUACGACCUCUCCAACUUGAUUGACUUGAGCACCUGUGACAACAAGAGCACGGGAAAAAUGGAAAUAAUAGUGAAAAUCAAGUGGUGGGUGUAGCACAUAACACAUAACUUUUGAUUAGAACCUUUGAUCAUCAAUUUCAGGAUCAAUUUUUGAGUCUCACCGUUUUGGACUUGACUGGAAUUUGGCACCAGUACAAAAUUCUAGCAAUGCAGAUCAGAGUCAUGGCAGUGGAACUUAAAUAUGGAGCAAAUUGAGGGCACUUCAGUGGGAAACCUGAAAGUUCACAGAGUUGCUUUCGUGUGUUCUUCUAGUUUCGAGUGGCAUUGUUUCUAUUGUGCUGCAUCAUGGCUCCAAAAUGCAGAAGUUACUCACCAGUACUGUAUCUUUGACUUCAUUAGCUUUUAUUUUUCUAAACAAAACAAAGACAAUCAGCUUAGGUUUAUUAGAACAGCAGAGUGAGCAGCCAGUUUCCAGCAACAGUAUGCGUGGGGGUUCGAUGGUGUAUCCUUGGCCUUAUUGUGAAAUCACCUGUCCUCUCUCUCAGAACUGCUUUAUGACAUUUGUUUGUUGAGAAAAAGAUAUCCAUGAGCUCGUAUCUGUGCUUUGAAGUCAGCAAAAUGCCCUUCUAAAUUGUGACAGUUCUUGGCAAAGCCAGCUCUAUCCCUAGCCUAUUAUUUUGUUGGGCCUCAAAGGGCUAUCAUUUGGGAAAUUGACACAAAGCUGCUACAGAUCACUUCAAAGCAUGGAAGACAGUGCCACAAAAAAAAAAGUUGUUGCUCAGUAAAACAUUGCUAAAAUGCUUUAUCCAUGAGCUGUGCUGGCCCUGCUUUAGGUUGCUGGUCGAGCGUGCUGGUAAAGCAAACUGAAAAUAAUGUUUCAAGUGCCUUAAAGUUGCUUAAUCUUUUGCCUCAGAUUUUGUUUGGAAGGCUAGAAGGAACGCCUUGCCUUAGUUAGUAAGUUUUCCUUGGAGCCAGCAGUUGCUGCUUUUGCAGACCUGAGGAAACCAGGGAUCCCCGAGGUGGGAUCUCAGCUGGAAACUCUGACUUGCAGUAGAUCCGUGCUGUCCUAUCCAGGGGGGGCUGCACCAGCACAGCUUGCUCAGCCCUGCCUGCCAAAUGCACAGGGGCUGGGAUUGUUCCCCUGGUGUUGUGGGGGUGAGGGCAGGUUGGUUCCACAUCUGCACCCUGUGCUGUCCUGCCUCACCACAGCGAGCAGAUCCUCCUGUGGGAAACAGCAGCACCAACUGGGCUGUGCCCAGGCCCAGCAAAAAGCUGAACUAUCAACUCACAUUUUUCUCUUGGCCUCGUGUUCUGGAGUGGAAGGUGUAGCUCAUAGAUCUGUAGCUGUGUUGUCCCCUAAACCAACUUUAGGCACUGAACUGUAGGGACUCUUCCAGUUUAUCUGGCUCUUUCUUGAAGCCAACUUGUGCAAAUACCAGGCUGAUACGUUAUGAAUGUUCUCUGCAAGUGUUGCUGUUAAGGUUUGUAUUUUGUCUUCAAGCAGAAGAAAAUGAAACAGUUGUAAUUGCAAAACCAAAUUGAUAAAUAAAAUCUGUUGAAUGGAA